GGUGCAUGUCAACUUUGGGCAGAAACCAUUUACCUUUGACCUAAAGGAAUUUGAAGUGCAAGAAAGAAUGAAGCAACAACUGAAAAUAGAGGAAUUGCCUCUGACAUCAAAUGUUAGUUACGGAAUUGUCCGUUCUUACCUGCUACACUAUGGCUACGAAGAUACCUUGAAUUCAUUUGAUGUGGCUAGUAGAAGUACUGUUCCUCCUAUAUAUAUAGCUCAGGAGAAUGGGGUUGAUGAGCAGGAAAUAAUGUAUGCAUUGAAUCACCGAAAGACUCUCCGGCAGCUAAUCAGGGAUGGGGAGAUUGAUACUGCAUUUGGUAAAUUGCGAGAAUGGUAUCCCCAGAUUGUUGAGGACAAUACAUCAGCUAUGUGCUUUCUGCUUCAUUGUCAGAAGUUUAUUGAAUUAGUUCGGAUUGGAGCAUUGGAGGAGGCUGUCAAAUAUGGAAGAAUAGAGUUGUCAAGCUUUUUUGGGUUGCCUGUCUUUGAGGACCUAGUUCAGGAUUGUGUUGCUUUGUUGGCAUACGAACAACCACUGGAAUCCCCUGUAGGAUAUCUUCUAAAAGACUCUCAACGUGAAGUUGUAGCUGACACAGUCAAUGCGUUGAUCUUGUCGACAAAUCCCAACAUGAAAGAGUCCAAAAAUUGCUUGCACUCGUAUCUUGAGAGGUUACUUAGACAGCUAACUGCUUGUUGCUUGGAGAAUAGAUCUUUGAGUGGGGAGCAGGGAGAAGCUUUCCAACUUCAUAGAGUGCUUAGCAGUGGUAAAAGAGGCUAGUGACUAGUAUUUGGUGAUAUGGUCUAUUCACAUUCUUUCUCUGCUGUUAAUAUUGCCCGGGUUUCUUUAGAAUGCCAAGUUAUCAAAAAUUGAUCAUAAACGUCUCUUAUACUGUAGAGUCCCCCACCUUCUUAGUUCUUACUUGGUGCAUACUUUUUCCUGUCAUUUGAGAGGGGGUUCUCUAUGUGCAUGUAAGAUUGUAACUAAAACAUCAGCAAAACAAUGGAAAUGGAAAAUUGAACUAAGUAAAGAUUCAAAUUCAAAGUUAAAA